AUGAAUAUAUUAUUUUAUAGUUGUUGGCUAUCGGAACGUCCAUUAUAUUUAGCGUUUAUUUUACCAAUUGGUUUAUAUAUUUUUAUAAAUAGUAUCCUGUUUUCAUUUGUUGCUCAUUCUUUAUUAUGUGGAAAAACAGGUCAACAAUUACGUAGUACACAUGUGGCUGAAUCACAACGUUUAUCACGAUUUUUAGUUGCAUUAAGUUGUUUUGUUGUACUUGGUCUUACAUGGAUAUUUGGUUUAUUUGCUAUUGGACCAAUACGUCUUUUAUUUCAAAUACUUUUUUGUACAUUUGCUUCAUUAACAGGUUUUUUCAUCUUUAUUCUUUAUAUUGUUACAUCAAAAGCAAAACGAACUUGUUGGAAUAAUGCAUUUAAAACAAUUGGUAUAUCAUCGAUUUAUUCUCCAACAUUAUCAACAUCAUCUGGUUUAACUGCACAUAAAGAAUUUUCAACAUUAUCAACAAGUGAUCAACCAAAAAUUCCAUCACGUCUUCUACAAUUUUCUUCACAACCACAACAUUUUAUUGAUGCAUACAUGCCAACAUCACCUCCACCACCACCACCAGCACCACCAUUACCAUUACCACCACAUUUUUUAAUUGAAGGUGAUGAUCCAUUAAAUGCAACAACAUUAGCAAAUAGUUUCUAUGAACCAAAUCAUAUUUGGAUACCACAAAUGAAUUGUAUACGUGAAAUAAAUCAACCAACAACAUCACUGGAUGAUUAUUCUUUAUUUUAUGCUUCGAAUCAUGAUGCUACUAAACUUUAA